ACCACCUGACUAAGAAGUGACUUUUAAAUCUUUCUCCUAUCCCUGUUAUCUGAUUUGCAGGAACCCAAGACUUAAGCAACCAUGUCCAACUCCGGCGAGCCAGAGCUCCUGCACAUAUUUAAGGGGAUUCCCUUUACCACCAGGUCUUCUCCAGAACUUUUAAAAUCCUUGGAUACUUUUGAUGCUAGAGAGGAUGAUGUCCUUUUGGUUUCCUAUCCCAAAUCUGGCACUCACUGGCUUGCAGGAGUUAUAACAAAGCUUUACAGUACUCAAGUCACAAUAACAUCUCCCAUUGAAUUUGGAGACAUUUCCCGACUGGAGGAGCUGAAUAAACUCUCAUCAAAGAGAAUCAUCCCAACACAUUUAGACUACAACAUGUUGCCUCCAAAUUUUAAGAAUAAAAAAUGCAAGAUGAUCUACAUUAGCAGAAAUCCAAAAGACACUGCAGUUUCCAUGUAUCAUUACUACAGAGAUAACCCAAACCUUCCUACUGUAGACACCUGGACUGCUUUCUUUGAUCUGUUCUUAAAAGGCAAUGUUGUUUGUGGAUCCUGGUUUGAUCAUUUCCUAAGCUGGGAAGAACAUAAAGAUGAAAAAAACAUCCUCUUUUUGUUCUAUGAAGACAUGAAGAAGGAUCUCCCUAAGGUUGUAAAGAAAAUUACUUUGUUCCUGAGUUUAAGUGUCAGUGACAAUGAUAUCCAAGACAUCUGCAAGAAGUCCUCAUUCUCAGAGAUGAAGAAUGACACAGAAAAGGAGAACAGUGAUCCCAGCCACACCGUGUGUGCUCUGACAUCCAACAGGAAACUGAUUUUCCGAAAAGGUGCUGUUGGUGAUUGGAAGAACUACUUCACUCCAAAGCAGAAUAUUAGGUUUCAGGAGAUAUUUAAUGAGAAAAUGAAACUCAGCAAGAUGGCAGACAGUUUCAUCUAUGAAUUCUGAGUCCACAUGAAGAAUAAUACCUAGUUAUCAACAAACAUGCACCAACCAAUUGGUGGCAAAUUCUGAAUGGGUGCUCCCAUCAGUUUAUGUUUCCAACUGGAAGGUUUGUAAA